AUGGCAGCCGCUAGUCCAAUAGCUGCCACUAUUGCAUCAUUCAAGCUCUGCUCAUGCACGCUGCUAUCUGAUCUGGAAGAACACUUUACUAUCUCCGCAGCUCGGGUGGAGUUGUCCACAGCAACCGCAGUUGCCAUAUCUUACACUUGGGGCGAGUUUGACCGGCGCAAGCAUGUACUUGGACACUGGACAGGUGCUGCAGAGCGACGUGUGAGCUUCGAGCUGGGUGCGGAAUGGGAUCUGGCAAGCUUUGUACAUCGGCUCGUACAGCUGACUUCAACUUACCAGGGCCUCUGGAUUGAUCAGGCUUGUCUGCCACAAGAUGUAAGCGACGAGGAAUGGGCUGACGUGCUCAUGUCAAUUCCCCACGUGUUCAAGACUCUACCGGUGAUUGCAUUGUUUCCAGGCCGCUUGUGCAGAUGCUUAUCCACAACCUAUCAACGAUACCAAAAUGCCAUCCAGGGUCCCCAGGAUGGCCCUAGGUCUGUGGCCUUUGGCACCUCAAAGGCGGUCGGAGAAGCCUAUGAGAGGCUACGCGACAUCAUCACAGCGACGGAGUGUAUCUAUGCAAAUGGCUGGUGCUCCUGGGUUGAUCGUAUCUGGCCAUCCGAAGAGCUGCGGUACUCCCGCCAGAUCUCCGUAUGUUGGGCGGAGGAAGGCUUCGCAGAUUGCCGCCAGCCUGGGAAUCCCACCUUGAAGCCCGAGGAGUUGUCCGGCAUGCCAAUGCUGCUGUACCGUGAUAUGGAGUCCAACGGAGCAUCGCAUGAGGAUAUCAUCACCGAAAUUAGGCGGAGAGGCUCAAAGUGGAUCAGACGCCUAUGGCUCGCGAUUGGCGAGAAUCUCAAGGAAUACUCCGAGGCAGCGUCAACAAGCUCAUUUUCCCUGGAUCAGCGCAAGAGUGAGGAUAUGGCGCGAUUCUUGCUGGGCGAGGUCAUGCAGCUGGGAAACUCUUCGAAUGCGCUCUCUGACUUGUUCCGCUUCGUAUGGGCGUGUGAAAUCCUGGCACAAACAGGCAAGCAAGCCACGAAGCCGCACGACUACAUUUUCUCCGUUUGGGCGGACUGGCCAAGCUACCAGGUCCCUCGCUCCUUCUCUCAUCUGACCUGCUUUGAGCUGCUGGCCGAUGCAUUGGAUCAGUUCAAGUCUGGCGACCACCAAGUAUUUGUACCCAGCUCCAGUCCUGCAGGCCUCAUCAACUCUUCCUCAGCAGCAUCAUGGAGAUUUACCUGCAACCUCAGUCGGGACCCCGAGUUGAUUGAAGACACUCAUGACGUGUAUCGCCCCUUCUUCUGGCUCAAUCCCAUGAUUGGGACGUGCUCUGCUCUUCCCCUACAUAUUGAACACGGCUUCUCUCGGCCGUUUGAACCACGCCUGGUGAAGGAAUGGAUUUCCGAACUCCCGGCAAGCGUGGUCCUUGACCAUGUUUUGGAUUUCAGACAGAGAAGAAAUGGAAGAUUCAUUGCAGAGGUCAUCCGCUCUGGCACGAGCGACAUGAGGGGUGACCCUUUCUCACUGCACGGGAAGCUGCACCUUGAGGUCGAUGACAUUUUCGACUUUAUAUGCCGUUCACUCAACCUCGACCAGGCAAAGUGCCGGAGAGCAAAUCUCCAAGCGAUAUGUAUGCAGCGCCAAGUGACUAGUAAGUUUAGUGACACAUGGAGGUAUACAAAGGAGGUCGUCUGCUUCGGACUUGCCAAUUGGAAAAAGAUUGAGGAUGCAAGACUGGGCGGCCAGAGGACCCUGAGUGUCAACAUCACGAACGAGAACUGGCCUUUAUACGAGGCUGUAUCAAUACCGGGACAGAGUGACCACUUCUCGAUCGCUGGGGUUUGGAUUCCGCUCUGCGAUAUCUGCGAAUGCGAGUUGGAAUGUACAAUAGACAACGACGACAUUAAUGGCGCUCUAGUGUAG